CUCCGGUAGAAACAUGGCGGCAAGCGGUGUUGUGUUGCUGUUUUGAGCGGCGCUUUGAAGGCGCAGAAAAAACCCUUCGCGCGAGUCUACAAACCAGCCCUCGUGUUACACGCGCGCGUGUACGAGAGUGAAGCAAGUGUUGGUGUACGAUGCGGGCGUCGAGCGCUUGACGUGCUGCCGGCAGCGACUCUUAGUGCAUAUCGCCAUCGGCGCCCCGCGCAAUGGCGUCUGUGGACCAGCAGGAGGAAAGCCCCAAGCGGCAGGCGGCGAGGAUAUCGCAACAUGAUGCAACUUCACCAGGUGAAGACGAGUGGCGUCGAUGCGACGACAAUUGGCCCAACGGUGGACUCCAUGCCGAGUCCGAUCAUGACGCUGAGGUUCCUCUACACGAUUCAAACGAUGAUAUAGACAUCAAACAAGAACAUGCUCAUACUCAUACAAAUGGAGCAAUGAAUCAUAACUACUCCCCACAACCAACCAUCACAACAAUUGAACCAGAAGAAGCCUCUGAUGGGCAUAAUGAUUGUGAUGCAUCAUCCCCAAGUGAUAAUCUCAACAACAACAUCAAUAACAAACUGGAUAUUGAUAAGGAAGCAGUGCAGAAUGGCAUUGCACAUGAUGAGAGUGUUGAAAGUGACACAGCUGAUACAAAAAUGAAGGGUAAAUGUGAUUUGGACAUGCUGGCUGGAAUUGAUGAUCAUUACAGCAGUCUGAGUCAGGAUAAAAACGAGAAUGGGCGUAUAUCACCACGAAAGCGCGCACGCACCGAAGAACCCAUCCAGCGGUUCGCGUCUAGUCAAAUAAAGCGUCCGCGCUCAGCUGACUACACUCAAGAGAAUGAAUGUCAGCAUUCUGAUGAAAUUCCCAACAAUCACAGCAACAAGUCAAUGAAAACAGGCGUGAAAAACAAUUCACAUGCCCCGCAUAGGAGAUUAUCAAGUGGUAAACAUAGAAAGAGAUCAAGAAGUUCGACAAUUGACUCAAAAGAUGGAGAAAUGAAGAGUUUUAGCGCUCCAGGAGAGAUAAAAGAAGAAAAAUUUGAUCCAACUUUGGAUGAGCAUAGUAUUGUCAUGCCUAAACCUGUUUUACUAUCAAAUGGGAAUUAUAGUUACCCACCUUCUAAUAUGAAACUAAAAUAUCGUAAAUAUUACCACAUUGAACAACAUACGAAUGGUGGCGCGUUGGUAUUACACAUGUAUCACGAAGAAAUCAAGCAUUUGAACGAAGUGGAAACUCGUGAGCUUGCUAAGGAGUUCUUCCAGGUGGCGUUCGCUGAAGACAGCAAUGAACGCGCGUUGUACGUAAUGGCAAUCGUGCAUGGAUCCGCGACGAAUCUUCCAGACUUGUUGGAGUACAUGGCAGAUACGUAUCCAACCCUCACGGUGAAGAAUGGUCUGCUUAAUCGCACAUCUGACCUGGAAACGACGAGUUUAGCGGCGUAUAAUGAGAAUGUUUGUAAGAAUUACGAUAUGGGAACUGUGAGGUAUGGACCACUGCAUCAGAUAAGUUUGGUUGGCACGGCGCAUGAAGAAGUCGGCGGGUAUUUUCCGGAUUUAUUGGAUUUGUUAGAAGAGAAUGCAUUUUUGGAUAUGACGAUGCCCUGGGAGUUGUCAGUGGUGCAUAUGAAUCGAGAAGAGUCUAAUGAUGGACCCAUUUUGUGGUGUAGACCUGGAGAGCAACUGGUGCCUACUAUGGAUGGAAGAUCACCACUUAAACGUCGAAGAACGGGUAUAAAUGAAUUGAGAAAUCUUCAGUAUUUGCCUCGAUUGUCCGAAGCACGUGAACACAUGUUUGAAGACAGGACGAAAGCACACGCCGAUCAUGUCGGACAUGGUCUCGACAGGAAAACAACGGCGGCUGUGGGCAUCCUCAAGGCUAUUCAUGGAGGUCGCAAAGAAGGACCUAUAAAUCGUAUCACCAAAGAUGUUGUCGCCUUCGACGCCAAAGAUUUUGACACUCUUAGUGAAAAACUCCAGCUUGAUCUUCACGAACCUCCAAUUUCACAAUGUGUUACAUGGAUAGAAGACGCUAAACUUAAUCAACUUCGAAGAGAUGGCAUCAAAUACGCUCGAAUUAAUCUCUACGAUAAUGACAUUUACUUCUUACCUCGCAAUAUUAUUCAUCAGUUUCGAACUGUGACGGCUGUGACGAGUGUUGCAUGGCACGUUCGACUUGCCCAAUAUUACAAGGACGAAGAAGAAGCGCCAUGUGAAGAACCACCAAAGACUGAGUCACCUCCUCUCACAGAUAAAAAGCACAAGGAGAAAACAGCCGAAAAGCCGAAGAAACCACACAAAGUCAAGGCUAAAGACGAAAAGGAUGAAAACCACGAACGGAAAUUAAAAGAGAAGAAACCAACUGUUAAUAAUAUCGACAGUAGUAAAACGAAAGAAAGAAAAGAUUCAAAAGACGAAGAUUCAACGCACAUCACCGAUGGAAAAUCUAAAGAUAAAGACAAAGAAAAGAAGGAUAGUAAAGAUAGGGAAAAGGAUAAAACCAGCAGUAGUAGCAGUAGUAGAAGUAAAGAUGAACGCCGCAGCAGUGGCGAGAAACACAAAGAAAAACGAGACAGCCGCGACAGCGAUAAGGACAAGAGUCGACAUCGUGAUAAAUAUCACAAAGAUAAAGACAAAGACAAGGAGAAGAGCAGCAGUAGCAGCAGUAGUAGGCAUCACAAACACAAACAUCACGACCGAGACAAAGAUCGAGACCGGGACAGAGAUCGCGACCGAGAUCGUGAUCGCGAUAAAUCGCGCAGUGAUAGAAAACAUUCGGAUUACAAGAGUUCGUCGAGUUCUUCAGGUCACAAGCACAAAUACAAGGAGAAGGACAAAGACAAGGACCGGGAAAAGCGUGAUAAAGAUAAGGAUAAGGACAGGGAGAAAGAAAAGCGAGAGAAUACAUCCGUCACAACAUCAAUAACAACUAGCAACACUACAAAUACUAAUAGUUUAAGUACAAGUACAAGUGUUUCGUCUUCUUCGGCCCCUGAAAUACCCGCAACUGUUGUAACUGAAGUGGCAGCAGCACCAGAAAAUAAUUCGCCACCGAUUGCGAUAGUUGCGCCGACGCCAGAGAAGAAACCGCCGCAGAAAAUCAAGAAACCGCGAUUAUCAGCGCCCAUCGACGUGUUGGGUGACAUUCUAAAGAAUAUGGAUUCGAAGAAAUAGUUGUAGAGUUGAUAGUGCUUUAGUAUUUUGAAUAUUAAUAUUCUAAGUGUACAGUGUACAGAGAUAUAUUGAUUUACUAUACAUAUUUAACGAGAAUCAAAAUCUAAACCAAUGGAUACUAGGCGAAUUGUCAAUUUUAACACGCAUACGAAAACAAAAAGAAAUUGUAACAUGGAUUGUUCGAUGAGUGAGCUUAUGUACAUGUACAUAUUUUUGUACAUAUUGUACAUAUUUUUACAUAGUCAAGUAAUGUUAUCAUUAUUUAUAUUUCAAAAAACAUGCGGUAAUGAUGUAGUGGUAGUAGUAAAACAGAAAAACACGCCAACAUGAAGGUCGAAGAUGACGAAACGAUUUGUAAUUUGAAACUCAAGACAUUUCACACGAUGACAACAAUUUAGAUGUGCGCGCGAACCUAUUUUACUUACGUUUACACAAUAAUCAUAAUCAAAGCAAUACGCGAAUGAAUGCAUAACAUGAAAACAUACGACACGAAACAUUGGCAUUUCUCAUACUGUCAGCUAUAGUUACAUUACACACCUAGAUUAAUACGUUCGAAGAUGUUUUUUGUUUAAAUUUGUAUAUUUUGCUGUGAUCUUUGUACAAAUCUUAUUCUCGGCUUGCGUUUUAUCAAUUUUUGUGUAUUGAAUAAGUGCGGAAGGAAAUAUUUCGUUUUAAUUAUUCUUUUUUAUUUUUAUGCACACAAAUGAUGGAUGUGUUUUAUAGGCAGCAUGUUAACUUAUUUUUAACAUUGUGCGUGGUGCAAUUGAUUGAUGCACAGUAUAUUUGAGAAUACUUAAAAUAUUUUAUUAAGCAUCUAAGUUAUUUUAUGCAUUCCGCGUUUAUUUAUCAUUAUUUAUUAUUGACCAUUUUUGAGAUGAAAUAAUUAACAAUAAAACAGUCAAUUUUCA